UACCCGGAAGUGAGCGAGAUUAGCGCCUGGAAUAAAUUGACAUGGUUGUUUUCAUGCCAGAGUCGGGGAAAAAGUUACGUUGCUCGCGAUCUCUGCGCUAACGAGUUCGCGUUCAAGCUUUUUGGAGACUUUUAAGACAUUUUAUACAUUUAUCAACUUGGGGGAAAAAACACCGUUGAGGAGCAACAAUGGGGAGCACGCCGGGCCCAGUUCAGAUCGUGACGGUGUGCAAGGAAGAUCACUCGUUCGCACUGGACGAAAAGGCGCUGGAGCGCGUCCUCCUGUCGCCAGUCGUGCGAGACAAGGACGUGGUGGUGCUUUCGGUGGCCGGUGCCUUCAGGAAGGGCAAGAGCUUCCUGCUUGACUUUAUGCUUCGCUACAUGUAUAGAAAGGGUGAUGAAAACUGGCUGGGCCGUGAUGACGAGCCGUUGACGGGAUUCUCUUGGCGAGGUGGCUCGGAGCCCGAGACCACUGGCAUCCAGAUCUGGAGCGAGGUCUUCCCCAUCCGGAAGAGUGAUGGAACCGAGGUAGCAGUAGUGCUGAUGGACACUCAAGGAGCAUUUGAUAACCAGUCCACAGUCAAAGACUGUGCAACCAUUUUCGCCCUGAGCACUAUGACCAGUUCCAUUCAGAUCUACAAUCUGUCUCAGAACAUCCAAGAAGACGACCUGCAGCAAUUACAGCUGUUCACAGAAUACGGCCGCCUGGCUUUGGAUGAGAUAUUCCUGAAACCCUUCCAGUCCUUGAUGUUCCUCAUCCGCGAUUGGAGCUUUCCUUAUGAGUACACAUAUGGCUUUAAAGGAGGCAACGAAUUCCUGGAUAAACGGUUACAGGUAAAGGAAGCCCAGCACGAGGAGCUGCAAACAGUCAGGGAGCACAUCCACUCGUGCUUCACCAACAUUUCCUGCUUCCUGCUGCCACACCCUGGUUUGAAAGUUGCAACCAGUCCUACUUUUGAGGGACAACUAAAUGCCGUGGCACCCGAGUUCAAAGAGCAGCUGAAGAUUUUGAUCCCCAAUCUGCUGCAUCCUGACAACCUGGCUGAGAAGGAGAUCAAUGGAAACAAAGUCACCUGCAGAGGCCUACUCGAGUAUUUCAAGGCUUACAUCAAGAUUUACCAAGGGGAAGAUUUACCUCAGCCUAAGAGUAUGCUCAUGGCCACAGCGGAGGCUAACAACUUAGCGGCCGUAGCGGGAAGUAAAGAUCAAUAUUACAGGAACAUGGAGAAGAUGUGCGGAGGAGACCUUCCCUACGUGUCACCUGAGUCGCUGGAAGAGAAGCACCGGUUUUACUUCAAGGAGGCUCUCUAUACCUUCUCCUCCACCAAGAAGAUGGGCGGCCAAGAGUUCUGCGACCGCUACCAAGCGCAACUGGAGAAGGAGCUGGAGGAGAUGUGGGAGUCGUUCAGUAAGCACAACGAGUCUAAGAAUCUGUUCAGCGCCUUCCGAACUCCAGCAGUGCUCUUCGUUCUGGUGUGCAUCCUCUAUAUUUUGUCGGGAAUCCUGCUCUUCGUUGGAUUGACCACCUUGGCCCUGGUGUGCGACUGCGUCCUGGGUCUGGUCAUGAUGGCCAUGCUGACGUGGGGCUUCAUUCGAUAUUCGGGCCGCUACCGCGACGUAGGCGGAGCCAUCGACCAGGCGGCGGGCGCUGUUCUGGAGCAGGCGACGGUGGCGCUGAACAAGUCGAGAGGGCAGAACCUGCCUAACGUGAAGAAAUCCAGCUAGAAGCUUUGGAUCAUCUCAACAUAACAUGGACCCGCUUUCAGCACUCAAGCCUUAUGUUGAUGCUUUUGCAAAAAAGGUCAUCGGGAAGAAUACGGUCAGGGGAUUCUUUUUUGCUGAACAUUAACGGCAAUAGGCGUCCGAUCUAUUUUGACUGGGAGGGGGCCGGCAUCGUUCGCUGGCAGCUCCUACCAGUCAAAUCGAAUCAGACGUCUAUUGCCGUCAUUGGCACUAAAACAUACCUUCAGAGCAUUCCGUUCUCCAAGAAAAUGUAACAUUCCUCAUCGUGUUGUAUCCAAGCAUUAAAACUUCUCUGUUGACCAUUCCCAAAUAGAUUUUGAUACAGAACGGUAGAUUAUUUUUAGAUAUAUUAUUUAUAGGAACUGGUUCCAUGAGCGGUUAAAUUCCAAAGUUUAUAUAGAUUGACCAAGAUUUUCUUAAUUUAUGUACGAGGAACCAGCUAGCCAAAGACUUAGCUUAGCUUUUGCAGCCUUUCAAAAUGAUUCAUAUUAUGAUGCUAUAUGAAGACUAUACAUAAGAGUGUAUUAUUGUACAGCAAAGAUGGGCGGAGUUUCAAUUUGCACUUUUGUAAUCAAGCAAAUAAACAAUUGGAUUAUUCAA